CCACAAAACUUGCCUAAGAACUUAAGUGACACGAGUCUAGUGGAUAUCAAAAUACAAAGCAGCGAUGAAGUCAACCACCAUCCCAACACUAUCCCUCUCAGAGAAACUGGACCUUGCGUUCAGAAUACUUCGAGUACCCGGAACCAUCAUGCUCAUUCUCGUCCGAGGCAUACCCCUUGCUAUCAAAUAUAAGAUCCCAUUGCAGCUCUGGCUUACGUCCAUGGUCGGACGCAUCCUCCUAGGCGAUUUCAAUCCACGCCAAAUUCAGUUCCUCUCGACACCAACGAUAGAUGUCUAUACCGCCUGGAUCAAGAAGCAGCGAGAUCGGCUGAGCCAACAACCUGGACAGGGCCAUCUCAGUCGAGUAAAUCUCGAUAUCGAGCCACUCACUGGCACUGACGCAUCUAUAAUGUGGGUCGGGAAUCGCAAGAAAGCAUCUAAAUUCGUCCUCUUCUUACAUGGCGGCGGAUACGUCGCGCCCCCUCUGCCAGGCCACUUCACUUGGUGCUGGGAGGCAUAUGUCAAUGGUGGGCCUGGAUUGGAGAAAGAGGUUGCCGUUGCGGUACUGCAGUAUACGCUGGCGCCAGGUGGAAAAUAUCCUGAUCAGCUUCGCCAAGCCUCUGCCGCUCUCAAUCAUCUGCUUCAGAGCGGCGUGAAUCCGCGUGACCUCAUAGUCGGUGGUGACUCAGCCGGAGGGAACUUGGCAGCUCAGCUCGCUUACCACCUCCUACAUCCCCAUCCAGCGGUUCCAGAAGUGAAGCUUCAGAUCCCAGUCGCAGGCAUGUUCUUGGUCUCUCCUUGGCUCAGCGAUCGAACAGACACAACCUCGUUCAAAGAAUAUGGCAACGUCGACAUGCUCUCUGCAGCCAUCCUCCAGCGUAUCUCAGGGCACCCAUUCCGUAGUAAGGACCUGGAGCCAAGAGUAAAUGAAGCUCACCCCUGCCUCGCCGUGGAUGGAGAUUUGUCAUGGUUAAGUGAUCUCCCAGCGAUAGCGAGCGCCCUUUACGUUACUGCUGGUAGGCGCGAGGUUUUCAGUGAUGCAAUUAUCGAAUUUGGGAAAGUUGCUCAAGAGAAGUGCCUUUCGAUCCCUGUUCAGCUUGAAGUCGGCGAGCAUGAGGUUCAUGACUUUAUCCUCAUCGAGAACCAAGCAGAAGCAGCACAGGAUGCCACGCAGAGGAUGAGGAACUGGGCGUCAGGGAUAUUAGUAGACUAGGAGUAUAGAAGCCAGAGGAGCAUUGUCAACCAUGCCGUGAGAGAUGAUGCAAGCUCAGCCUAGCCUACCUGGUGUAAUGGAUCGGUUUCGGCCUGAACAAGGGGCGGAUGCAAAUGUUGGUCGACGGAAAAAACAAGACUUACACGACGACAUGGCAACAAUGCGGGCAAGCUCUUGAGUCACUGAUAAGCCCUCACCAGUUUAGUCUGUGAGUAUCUAUUAGAUAGCUCUAUUUUAGUUACUGUUUUCUGCCUUGAUGGUGCCAAGCUCUCUAUAAUAAUAAUCCUU